AUGUGUGCAAUGAUUGUAUGAGGGUUUAUAAGAGAGUUUUUCGUAUUUUAUAUGGUAACCUUAACUAGGAAUCGAAGACCGAAUUUCUGUCGGAGACCAUCAAAAUCUGAUUGUCUGUGAGUAGGUAGCUGUUCAUCACCAUGGCUGCUGCUGCUGAUCAUCAAAAUCAUCCUCCGACAAUCUUGGAAUACUAUGACAAUAUGUUCAAGCUUCAAUCCACUGCCACUCUCAUCUCUUCUUUUCUGUGUGAAGAUGGAAGACAUGUAUUAAUACUGGACUCAACUAUCUUUCAUCCACAAGGUGGAGGUCAGCCAUCUGACUCUGGUUUCAUAACAGCCCAAUUUAAGUUUGUUGUUCAAGAUGUUCGAUCCAAGAAUGGUAUUGUUUAUCAUUAUGGGGUUUUUGAAGAGACUGCUGAUGAUAUUAAGGAAGGUGUUCAGGUUUUGCUAACAGUCGAUAAUUCUAAAAGGAAGCUUUAUUCCAGGUUACACUCAGCUGGACAUUUAUUGGAUGUAUGUUUGCCAAAAGUUGGAUUAAGUCAUUUAAAGCCAGGCAAAGCCUAUCAUUUCCCGGAUGGCCCAUAUGUUGAAUAUAAGGGUACAGUUCCACAGGCUGAAUUGCAAAGAAAGCAGCAGGCAUUAGAGUUAGAAGCAAACAAUUUGAUAUCCAAAGGAGAGAAGGUUUUGGUUGCCAUAUAUUCUUAUGAAGAAGCUUCCAAGUUGUGUGGUGGUGGCCUUCCCGAUUACAUUCCUAAGGGAAGCACUCCUCGUAUAGUGAAACUAGGUGAUUUUCCCGGAUGCCCUUGUGGCGGUACACAUGUUUCUGACGUUUCAGAUAUCGGUCACAUGAAGGUUACUCAAAUGAGGACAAAGAAGGGAAUUACUAAAGUAUAUUACCAGCUGAUUGAACUCUGAAUAAUAUCUGCACCUUUACAGAUUUUAUGAUAUGCUAUAAAUGGUUUACCUUCUACUAGGAAGCAUUGGUUACCAUUUAUAUCACCAAAUUUGGUGUUUAUUGAAUAUCAAGUAAUGACAAGGACUCAUGCAUUGUACCCAUGGAACAUUACAAAUCCAUUAACUUCAACAUGAUAUGAUAAUGACUUUUAAGCUUAA